AUGUCCUCAAAGAACUCUGCUCAAACACAAACCAAACUCCACCUGAUCCAAGUCAAGGGAACAUGGCAGUGCCACGGAGAAGACGCCCCGCUGACCCAAGGAAAGAUCUCGGACGCAAAAAUCUAUGAGAGCAAAUCCCAUCAUGGACUUACCUGGACGGUGGUCAGCCCCAUCGUAUUCACCUACAAAAUCGUUCAACGGGAGAAUUUGCUGGAUCCCGGAGACGACACGCUUCUGUGGGGCCAUCUGGAUCACGAAGACUUCAGCGGCGCUCACGACACGUCUCACCCUGUCAAACGGUUUAUUGUGAUUGACGAAACAGUCCAGCAGCUCUACGGUGCCAAAAUAACCGAGUAUUUCAACACCAGACAAGUCGUGUACAAAGUCCUCCCGCUUCCAACAACAGAAGAGAACAAGUCUUUAGAACUGGUGACCAAGAUCUUACAGGAAGUCCAUGAUUUUGGCCUGGACCGUCGCUCUGAGCCAAUCAUAGCCAUAGGUGGUGGAGUUUGCCUGGACGUGGUGGGGUUGGCGGCGUCUCUGUACCGACGGAGAACCCCGUACAUACGAGUGCCCACGACUUUGCUGGCCUAUGUGGAUGCCAGCGUAGGGGCCAAGACUGGGGUGAACUUUGCAGGGGGCAAGAACAAACUGGGGAGCUACGUACCGCCUGUGGCCACAUUCUUAGACCGCUCGUUCUUCCAGACGCUACCUCCACGACAGCUGUCCAAUGGGAUGGCUGAGAUUCUGAAGAUGGCCUUGAUGAAGCACCGUGGGCUGUUCGAGCUGCUGGAGGCUGAGGGCCCACAGAUGCUGGAGUCCAAACUGCAGAGCUCCGACACGGGCUCCCGCUGCACCCGCCUCGCCAUACACACCAUGCUGGAAGAACUGGCCCCCAACCUGUGGGAGGACGACCUGGACCGACUGGUGGACUUUGGCCAUCUGAUCAGCCCCCCACUGGAGAUGGAGGUGCUGCCCGCUCUGCUGCACGGGGAGGCGGUCAACAUCGACAUGUGCUUCAUGGUGUACGUGGCCCACCUGAGAGGGCAGCUGUCCGGGGACGAGAAGGCCCGGGUGGUGCGGUGCAUGCUGGGAUUGAACCUGCCCGUGUGGCACCAGGACUGCACCCUGGACCUGAUCCGGAAGGCCCUCAGCGAGAGACUCAAGCACUCAGGGGGCUCUCCCAGGAUGCCCCUCCCCACAGGACUGGGACAAGCAGAAAUCUUCCACGAUAUGAUCGGAGAGUCCGUCCUUUCUCAGGCCCAUCAGAUGUGGACCAGUGAGCUCUCUCCUCAUUCCAAAUAA